AUGAAACUUCUCAGAGCAAUCUUCACCCACCACAUCCACAAGCGCCACCGUUUCCUCAACCCCAAAUGCGUCUUUUCAUCUUCAUUUUCAAACUCUUCUUCGUCAACACCACCACCAGAGGACACAGAAACCCUACAUUCCGAUAGUAGAAACCAAUCCACCAAUAGUUGGAGCAUAUACGGCAACGUAGUUGCCAAACAAAGAAUCAGCAAUCACAGCGAUGAAGAUGAAGAAACCGAGGAUGAAAAACCAAGUGGGAGUGAAAAUGGGAGCAUGAUGAGUUUGAAGAAUAGAAGCAUAGUUAGGACGGGGACGACGGCGAAGAGGGGCACUGGGAAGGUGAAAACUCAAUGGGUUUGUUAUGAUUGUGGGUAUACUGCAGGACAGUGGUGGGGAACUUGUCCUUCUUGUAACAUGGUUGGGACAAUGAAAGAGUUUCAUGAAGCGAAAGUUAAUGGUGCUGUUGAUAGUAGUAAGCUUAGAAGUGGUUUAUCAGUUUCUGAAGAUGCAACGAGAACUUGGCUCCCGCAGCGGGCUGAUCAGUUGCAACCGGUUAAAUUGAGAGAAGUUAACAGUGGAUUCAGUGAGAAGGGUUGGCGAUUUCCUUUGUCUGGCCCUUUUGGAGAUGAAGUUUCUAUUGUGCUUGGCGGUGGUCUUGUACCAGGUUCUUUGAAUUUAGUUAGUGGUGAUCCCGGUGUUGGGAAGAGUACACUGUUGUUGCAGAUGGCAGCAUUGAUAGCAGAAGGAUGCAAUGGCGGUGACGGCACGGCCUGUCCAGUUGUAUAUGUCUCUGGUGAAGAGAGCCUUCAGCAAAUUGGUCAUAGAGCAAAUCGCCUUGGGAUUAAAUCUGAUAUUUAUUUGUAUUCAAGUACUGAUAUUGAGGACAUAUUAAGGAUAGCCCAGUCUUUCCCCAUUCGUGCUCUGGUUGUUGAUUCAAUACAAACUGUUUAUUUGAAAGGAAUAGUAGGAAGUGCUGGAGGGAUCAUGCAGGUGAAAGAAUGUACUUCAGCUUUGAUGCGAUUUGCUAAAACGACUAACAUCCCAGUACUUUUGAUUGGGCAUGUAACAAAGUCUGGAGAGAUAGCUGGGCCUCGUGUUCUGGAGCAUAUUGUUGAUGUUGUCUUGUACUUGGAAGGUGAGAGGUUCACUUCAUAUCGAAUGCUCCGCGCUGUGAAAAACCGGUUUGGAUCCACUGAUGAGCUUGGAGUUUUUGAGAUGUCAGAAUCAGGAUUUCAGGCUGUUUCCAAUGCCACUGAAAUGUUUCUCACUGAACAAGACCCUGAUUCAGAUGUUUUAGUUGGGUUAGCUUUUACCGUAAUAAUGGAUGGUUCAAGAACUUUCAUAAUUGAAGUUCAGGCACUCUGCCUUUCUCAAUCCCCGGUGGGAGGGUCAACUUCAAAAGUAGUUAAUGGAGUUGACACAAAUAGAGCUAACAUGAUCAAAUGUGUUCUUAUAAAGCAAGCAGGUCUUCAUAUCCCAUCUGUGCAUUUGAAUGUUGUUAGUGGAUUGACAUUGACUGAGACUGCUGGAGAUCUUGCAAUAGCAGCUGCAAUUUGCAGCAGUUUCUUGGAGUACCCUAUUCCAAAGGGCAUUGCAUUCAUUGGUGAAAUCGGUCUUAGCGGAGAGCUUCGCACGGUUCCUAGAAUCGACAAAAGAGUUCACGCAUUGGCAAAGUUGGGUUACAAAACCUGUGUAGUACCAAAGCAAGCCGUAAAAGCUUUAGGAACUGAAGGGCUAGAAAAUAUUAAAUUAGUAGGAUGCAAGAAUCUGAAGGAGUUUAUUAAUGUAGUAUUCAGUAGAUGA